AUGGAAAAGCUUCAGCACCUGCCUCUCCGAAACCAAGGCACCUUGGUGCUGCGGCGAUGCGGCAGGGUGACCGACCCCGGGGCUGCGUGGACGGAACGCCGCAGCCCCGGCCCCGCCCCUCCGUGCGGCCCCGCCCCGGCACGUAGCGGAGAGGCGGGCCCGGCGGCCGCUCGCUGCCGGAGCUCCCGGUGCGGUGUUCGCCCGCGAUGCUCCUCCGCUGCCCGCGGGCUGCCCGCCAUGCCGGGGACCCGCGGGCCGCCCUCCUCCCUGCUCCUGGCGCUGCUGCUGCUGCUGCUGAGGGGCCGGCCGACGGCAGCCGCCGCCACCCGCCCGCAGCCGGAGCGAGCGGCGCUGCCGGGAGGAGCGCCCGCCUCGGCGGCCUCAGGAUCGGUGUUUAUGCUGAAGGUUCAAGUAAAUGACAUCAUCAGUCAUCAGUACCUGGCACAAGCAGUCGUGGAAGUGUUUGUUAACUACACCAAGACAAAUUCUACUCUCACUGGAAACAACGGAGCAGUAUUAAUAAAAGUUCCUUACAAAUUAGGAUUAAGCUUAACUAUCGUAUCAUACAAAGAUGGCUACAUGUUAACACCUUUGCCUUGGAAGACUGGGAGAAUGCCAAUAUACUCGUCUGUGACGCUCUCAUUGUUCCCACAAAGUCAAGCUAAUAUAUGGCUGUUUGAAGAUACUGUUCUGAUCACUGGAAAAUUGUCUGAUGCCAAAUCUCAACCAAGUGUUCAGUUUCAAAAAUCUUUAAUAAAGCUUCCAACAGAUCACCAUAUUACAAAUGUUACAGCUUAUUUGACGGUGCCAGAGCAAUUCUUGAAAGUGGACAGUUUUCUCUAUACGACAGGAAUUCUUCUAAACAAAUCAGGUUUCAAAAGCAUUGAAUUGACUCCUCUUGCUGCAAUAUGUGCAAAUGUUCUCUUGGCUGGGAAAGAACUGAAAGUAAAUGGUCCUAUUCAGAUUACACUUCCUCUUCCUUUAAGUACUGUAAAAUCAGGAGAUGCUAUACCUGCAUGGACAUUUGAUAUGAAAACUGGUGCUUGGGUAAGCCGUGGCCUAGGAAUGGUAAAGGAAGCAAAUGAUCAAUUAGUAUGGACAUACACUGCUCAACACUUAGGCUACUGGAUAGCAGCUCCGCUGCCCGGAACAAGAGAAUCGAUCAUUAGUGCAGUUUCCAAGGACAUAACAGCCUAUCACACAGUGUUCCUUACAGCCAUACUGGGAGGUACUGUUAUCAUUAUAAUUGGAUUUUUUGCUGUUCUUCUUUGUUACUGCAGGGACAAAUGUGGUCAGACACAAAAGAAGGAAAAAAAUACAACAAAGCUGGAUGUCAUAAAAAAAGACCAGACCACAUCAACAACUCACAUAAAUCACAUCAAUGCUGUCAAGGGGUCUUUAAAGUUAGAGGAUAAGUCGCAGCUAUAUACACCGAAGAUGUCUUCAUACAGCCCUCAAAGAAGGAUGUCCACAGACACAGAAGAUGGAAAAUCACGAGACAAUUUUAAAAUCUACUCGGAAGAUGCUUCUUAUCAGUCAUCCUAUCAGACUGGUCAGUCAAUAAAUUCACCUCAUUCCUUGGAGCCUGGUGCUGGACUCAGACAAUUGCAGCCACCAAAGCAUACUAACAGUGCUACUUCCCAGGCUCCUAGGGACAUUCAAGAGCAAAACAGAUACCUUACACUGCAAGAGGAAAUAUACGGGCUUUCCCAUAUCCCAGAACAUCUAAUGCAUAUUUACAAUCAACCUAUUGCUAUUCUUCAAACCUCUGAUCUUUUCCAUUCCCCAGAACAAUUGCACGCCGCUAAAUCAGCAACUCUGCCGAGGAAAGGACAGUUAGUGUAUAGCCCCAUGAUGGAGCCUGUGAAUCGAGAUGGUUACAUACAAACGCUACCUAAAAUGCCAGUGCACUCACAUCCACAGCCUUCUGUCUGCAGAGAUGAGAAAAGCACCUUGGAUGGUGAACAAGGCUUGCCUUCUCAAACAUCAAAUUGGGGUCGGUACACUAACAGCUUACUGGAAUCUGUCUCUGUCCCUGGAACAUUGAAUGAAGCAGUUGUAAUGACUCCGUUUUCAUCUGAGCUUCAAGGCAUUUCAGAACAAACGUUACUGGAACUCUCUAAGGGAAAGCCAUCUCCACAUCCUCGAGCAUGGUUUGUGUCCCUGGACGGAAAGCCGAUAGCUCAAGUGAGGCAUUCUUUUAUAGAUUUGAAAAAGGGUAGAAAAACAGAGAGUAAUGAUACCAGUCUGGACUCUGGUGUGGACAUGAAUGAGCAUCAUCCUGGUAGGAAACUGGAGCGAGAGAAAACCUUCAUUAAAAAUAUGCCACAUUCAAAGAUCCUUUACUUGGAAGAUCUGGAUCUGAGUAGCAGUGAAAGUGGGACCACUGUGUGUACUCCAGAGGACCAGGCUGUGAGGCACAUUCUGGAUGGAGGGAACGGGCCAGCCAUAGAACAGCAUGAUGAAGAGGGUCUAAGAAGAAAAACUGUGUCAGGAAGUCAGGAAUCCAGUAUUCCUUCCCCUAAGAAAAGGGAUAGGCCAUCUCUCACAAAAAGAGAUAGCAAGACUAAUAUCUGGAAGAAAAGAGAGGAGAGGCCACUUAUUCCUAUAAAUUAAAACACAAUGUGCUUUGUGUUGUUGCUCUCCCUGCUAGUUGUUGACCUCUUGGCUGCUUGUGUAAUUCUGCAGUGUAGGGUUUACAAGGGAAAUAUUGUUUUCUAGUAUCAAGAAAAAUUAACGUUUUUUAAUGUACAGAUUGAGUUACUAUAACUUCAACUGGGCAAUUGAUAUUCAAUGUGAAUUGAUAACAGGGAAACACAUGAAAAAUUUCCAAUUCCUAAUUUUGCUGGCAGUGUAGAGAGGGUCCGCAUUUUAAUUAGCCUGUCUUUUUUUUUUUUUUGACACAACUCUUGGAAUGCACAGUGAGAAAUGUAGGCACAUCUUUCAUUUGUUGAUUUUUUUUUUUUUUAAUUUUUACUAAAGCAUUACUAUAGUGGCUCAAGCCAUUUCUCAGUCUUGUUCCUAAUAAAUGUGAUUAUCUGUACAGUAUUUUAUAUGUGAAUUUUUCUAGGGAUUUGUCACUACCACUUUGUAUAAUGCUUCAUCAUUCAGUUUCAUGGCACCAGAAGAACUCUAUUGGAUUUAUUAGAAGAGUUCUAAAGCAUUCAUAUUCUCUCUGUGUCCAUUGAUGUGGAAGAGGUAACUGUUUUGUAUAGCAGUGGCAGCAGGGGGACCUGUACAUGCUGUGUGGUUACUGGAGCUCAUGAUCUGCUGUCAUAAGAUGUUGCCUAUCUUUUUUGGUCCGCUUUAUUCUGAACUGAGGAUGUUGACAACUGGCAUCAACUAGGAAGCAUCCACCUCUUGCAGAAAAGGACUGGUUCUGGUCACAUUUAGAGCUGCUGUCACUGCUAAUCUCAGUGGCUUCUUUGGGCUUUGUUACUAGUUAAAAUGUUCUCUUUUGCAUACUGUUGAAACAGUUGUGCUCCAAAACUUCGUCUUGGAUUCCUUCGGAUUUAUAAGUUAGACUUUGGACUGCGAUGAAGAAAUGUGCAAGUUUAGACAAGUUAUGUUAUAGUAUGUAAUAGUGCCCUUUGACGGGAAAGCUGUUGCUUUUUAUUUUAUGAUUUGGAGAUGUAUGUGCCUACAUUUUACUAACCGAAGCUACUUUUGUCCUAGAUUGUGCAUCACAGUGGAGUGAAGCAGGCUUUAAAAAUUGGGGUUUUUUAUAAGCAUGAGAGCAGAUUGCGGAAUUUGGUCUGUAAUGCAAUAUAAAUACUACUUAUGACUCAACUUAGAGUUAAACUUACCAAAAGUCAUGGAUGCAUGAAAUGUAACUAAGAUAUAUGUAUAGAGGAAGGGAAAGGCCAUCAAAAUGUUCUUUAUUUUUAAUGUUCAUCUUGUCAAAGUGAUAGUUUCAACUUUGGCUAACAGAAAAAUAUACAUACCCUUUGAACGUGCUUUGUACUGUAUAUAGAAUGUCUUUCUGUGGCUUUUAAGAUGCUUCCCUGAUUAAAUAAGUUCCAGCAUCUUGGCCUUGGCAGUUUGAUUAUAAAUCAUCCUAAAAAAAUGUUAUAAAUAUUUCCUCCAACUGUAGUAGUUUGGGUUCAGCAGUGAGGCCCUCAAGCAUGAAAUGCAUGCAGGUAAACUGUAGGGUGCACUUAGCUGUCUGCCUACCUGGUACUGCCAUCCCCCUGUCUUUUUUGCCACUGUUGUUGAAGCACACCUUGAUUUUCUUCCGAGCCAGUGCUUCAGGAAUUCUUUCUUCUGAGAAAUCGGAGGAUGGGGGGGGAGUAAAGUAUGGUGGUGGUGUUUAUUAACAUCCAUCCCACAUGUGCACUCAGAGUUGGGAAAUAUCCUAUGUGGCUGGUCUUCUGGGAGCAUUCACUCAGGAAAUUGUUCUGUGAUCUAUGUCUGUUCUGUUGGGAUUGUCAGUUGUCUGGUGGCUGUUUCUAGAAGAAUAUGUAAGAUAAUUGGGAUGGUACUAGCAAUCCAUUAGCUCAAGUUUUUCUGACGUCUCUAAUUCUCUUUGGCCAAAAUACUGAUUUAAUUAUGUGGUUCAUCUAUUUUAGAGGUUAAGAUGGCUGGCCAUAUUAGUAUCCCUUUGGUACUUUUUCUUGGUAACUAAUUUAACUUCACUAUAUGAAAUACAGUACCUAUUUUCCUGUAUUCAAUCCGCUGGAUUAUGUAUAUGACUAACUUUCUAGCCCAAAGUGAUGAUAUUUUCAUCUUUUCCUUUGUUUGCUUUAUUACUUAUCCAUUAUAUAUUUUGAAGUGUAUUUUCUAUGAAUGCACAAUUUAUUGAAAGUUACUUUUAAUUUAGAGGUUCAGGAUUGUCCUGCUUAGAAUUGCAUCAGUUGUGAUGAGUCCCUUUUCGAAAAGAGACUUUCAUAUAUUCUGUUGAAAAUAACAGUAAAUCCCUGACAGUGGAUUUCAGUUAUCUAAAUUUAGUAUUUUUGUCUAAAUUUGUCUAAAAUAGUAUUUUGUCUAAAUUUCCUGCAGUAACUUAAAUAUACAGCAGAUUUGUUAUCUUGUUUAAAUUGUAGGUACCAAGACCACCUAAUUCCUUAAACUCACUUCUUUCAUGGAAAGGCAAAGACUGUCACAAAUGGCUUUAUUCAUGGGAGCUCAAGUGAAUGAAAUCUUGCGCUCCAGUGUUCCUGUUCUGCAUCAGAGUAGGUAUCUGGUCACCAAAGAAAAAGGAUUAGAAAUCUUGAAAAGAUCAGUUUAGGAUUUCAAAAGAGCAGUUUCCAAAGAUGCACUGAGUUUGUGCUGAUUCUUGUCCGCUCUGUUGGUGGAUCACAAGCAAGGAGUGGAGUUAUUUUCUGAACCUUCAUUCUAAAUGGGCUUUUGGCUGCCUGGAUUAAGCCACAGUUUUGUCCUGGUAGUUUAAAAUGGCCUCUUGAAAGGCCGUGCAUAAGUGCAUCAGCUUCUAGGCAGCCAAGCAAGUUGGAGGGGAAUAUUAUUAUUAAGAAUUUAUUGCUGUUGAGCUUCUCAGUUGUAGGAAGCAAAAUGAAUUUCUUUUUGAAAAUGUUCUUUAUGUUCUCAUAAUUGAUAGAGAUGACUUAUCUGUCUGUAAAGUACGUGUCCUUAGUAGCCUUGCAAUAGCUGCAACUGGUAGGACAUCUCCUAUCAACAUCUCCUUUGUGAAUGAAGGGCCUCGGUUCUCUCUUGCUUAAUGAGGAUGUGAGCAUUUGUUUGUGUAGAGUAUUUAAAUUCUUUUCUGGAGUGCACAAGCAGCAGUAAAGGUAAUGCAGUUUCCAAGACCGUCUUUAACUGUUGCUUCCAUCCAUGCUUUGCUUGCUUUGUAGGUCCCAUAUGCCAGCUUUACUGUAUGUGACUUGCUAGCAUUUAUCACAUAUUGUCAUAUGCUGCUGGUAACACUUCAGAAGACUUUUCUUCAGCUGUAUGUGGGAAGAUAGAUGUAUGAAAACAGAUGAUGCCCCUAAGCACACAGAGAGGGAAUUCUUCCCUGGCCCUAAUUUGAGCAUUAAGUCUUGGAUUUUAAAAUCUGCAUGCAACUCUAAAAUACUUAAAACACUUGAUAUCUGUAUGCAGUAUUUACAGGUUAUAUUCUGUAAAUAUAGUCAUUUUCCAUUCAUGUGUUGGAACUUGGUGCACUAGAAACCUAUAUCACUUCUUAGUGACUGGAAUUCUUUAUUUUACUCAGCCUUUCAAGAAAAGGAGUUUUGCUCCAUUGAGUUCUAAUAUCUUAAUUGCAGAUACUGUAUGCUACGUGUAUAUAGAUGGAGAAAAAAUGUUACCAUGAUGUUGAGUUUCUAGCAGCUGGGUAUAUCUUUUCUGUGUGUUAGCAGGUUUUGAUGAGGUGGUUGAUGUAGUUAGCUGAGGCCUUGCUUCUGCAGAUGAAUCUGUGUGGCUCAGAUCAGUGCAUCCGUAAAACACUAUAAUCAUUUUCAGGAUCUAAAGGGGGACUAUAAGAAGGGGAUGGAUUCUUUAGCAGGGUCUGUUGUGACAGGAGAAGGGGAGGUUAUUUCAAAAUAAAAGAGGGAAGACUGGACAUAAGAAAGAAGUAUUUUACAGUAGGAGUGGUGAGGUGCUGGAGUUUGUCCAGAGAUGCAGUGGAUACCCUGUUGUUGAAAAAACUUGAGGUCAGGCUGGAUGGGGCUCUGAGUACCGUGAUGGAGCUGUUCCUGUUCAUUGCAGGAGAAUUGGACCAGAUGACCUUUGGGGUCCCUUCCAACUCAAAUAUCAUUAUUUUAUGAGAACGUAAAUGAUCAGAUUAAGUAAUACAUAGCUGUAUAUACAUUAAUAUGUAUAUGUUAACCAGAAUACAAAUGAGCUAAUAAACAGUAAUUUUCUGGUGGUUUUAAAAAGUCAGGUACUACAGGAAUUUAAAAAAGGAGAAAUGCUUAACAAUUACAUUAGGUUAGCAAGAAAAAUCUUUUUAAUACUGUCAGAAUUAGGAGAAGUCUGCUAUCUUAUAAACCUGAAAGCACAACUGAUUUGAUAAUUAGGGAAAUUAUUUACUAAUGCAGAGCUAGAGAUGAUGCACAAGAGAUAAUCCAGUAUGUAGGACUGCACAUUUUUAGUUGUCUGCUCUGUUUCUGUGCAGUAAUUUCUACCAAAGAAGGUGAGAUGACUGGACAACACUUCAAAUUCUUCUCGUUAGUUAAAAUAUGAAGCAGAUUAACCAUAGUAUUGUUAUAGCGGUGUACAAAUGAAAAUGCAGUAUACUGCAACCAUUGUCCACUACUGCUUAUGAAACGUGGCAUACUAGGAAUAUCUGAAGAACUAACUUAGCCUGCUGAAGUGCCUUUCUCUUUCAUCAGACUUAUUUUAUCAGUGGGACACGUGACUAUCUGAGAAGCACAGGUAGGUGUUUUUUUUCUGUUAGCCAAAAACCCCAAUUCAAACUUUCUGUUGUGUAGCUUUUAUAAUGUUUUCAAAGGGAGAUCUAGUGUUUUUAUGUUGGAAUACUGACUUCUGCAUGUUGAUGAUAAUGACUGUUGUACACCCUGUCUUUUUUGUAUUUUAUGUUUGAAAAGAAAUUAAAGAAGUAUAUCUUUAGCAAUCUGAACAGUAGUAUCUUUUAAAAACCAAUUAUGGAAUCCAAUUCAACUUAGUAAAUCAGAAUGAAGCAUCUUAGAAGUCACUGGGCUUAUGGGUCUGAAUCUGGGUGUUUUUUUAACUUCAGAAAUGAAAUGAUUGUUUUUAACAUACGAACUAUGGUGAUGAUAAAAAGCUAUUGUCAGUUGCUAACCCUCAUUGGCAGUAGGAGGUAUAUUGAGUUGGGUGUAUUGAGUUUUAUUUGUGUUUUAAAACCAGUUUAUAUCUCAUGUUGAGGCCUAACCUGCAUUGUUUACAUAACCCAAGCUUCUUCAUUGAUUUGUUUUUUUUGUUUGUUUUUUAAAUUUGGUGCAGUUGUACUCACGCAAAACACAGUGAAAGACUUAUAGAGUUACAAAUAAGCAUUCUUUUAUAGAACUCUUACUAACUUGUGCCACGGUUCUAACAGAGGACAGGUACGUUUCUCUUAAAGAACUCAUAGUGGGUUAAGAGAUUUUAAUCUGAACUUCAUUUUCUUUUAAAAGCAGUAUUCAGCGUGUUCUGCUUAGUAAAAGACAAAAAUUACUUAAGAUUGUUUUCAAGUCUAGCAGAAGAAAUCUGUAUUUUAAGUCUUUACUAUUAACAUUCAGCCUGAAAAUUAUCUUACAGGAUGAAACUUUUUUCAGUCAACUUACAAUUACUGAACAUGUCUAUAUUUGCAUCAUCUAUAUUAGCAUUUAUCCAAAAAGUGUACCGGUACAUUUUUCCUCAGUUUAAUUUUUCAGUUCCUUUGAAGCACUUGCUGCAUUUCAGUCCAUGUUAGAAGAGUACUAUUUUUACAUCUUGCUACUGUGUGUGAAGACACUAUUUAGUCACAAUUUGUGCACGGAGGCCACAGACCAUUGUUGAGGUAACAAAAUGUAGGUGAGCUGAUGGUUGUGGUCACCACCUUGCGUGUUGGGGCUUUACACUCAGCAGGCACUUCAUUACCUUGGCAAUCAUUUUCAGAAAUGAUCAAGAACAGAUGAGAUCUUCAUUUACAAUGUUCCUGAUGUUCAGCAUACAGGUUUUAAGUAUUUUUACCUUUUUAUAGUUUAUCAGAGGUGUCUUCUAAUCUCUAUUUAUUACAAUAUCAGUUGAAUAUGUUGCUGAAAAUGUAACUAAGACUUGUAAAAUGUUAGAGCUUAUGCAAUAUAAUAAAAUAGUUAAAAGUUAUCAGUGCAAUAACUUCAAUUUUUAUGGUCUUUGAAAUCACAUGUUGUCCAGGUACGCACUGGUCUCACUUUUUUCUUUGCUAAAUAAUGCUAAAAAAAGUUCUGUAUUUCUUCCUUGGCCGUAAUUCCAGUGCUCAACCAAUGUUAUUCACCUUAAAAGUUUACCAAUUCUAAUUCAGUCAUAUUCUGUUCCAUUUCUAGUGAAGAAAGCCUUUGAUCUCUGCAUUGCAUCUGAUUCCUCUUCGUUUGCUGGUGCAGCUAGAAGUAUUACCUUUGUAAAUUGAUUUUGUUGAAUUGGAAGGGAGUACCCAUAGAACAAGAAUACUAUUCCAGGUUUUGUUCAUGCUCCUCUUUCAUUUCAUUUAGAUGCUUUCUGUGACUCCAAGAACAAAUAAGAUUUCUGCAUGUCUGAAUGUGCAGACAUGCAGAAGCAUCAGUUCUACCUACAGAUAAUCUCAAAAUAUCCAGAUAGAAGAGCAGAAUUAUUAUAUGAUAUAGUAGAGCUUAAACCAAACUUCAGGGUUUGAAGUAAUGAUUUUAAUUGCAUAUAGUGCAAGCCUUUUUCUCUUUUUCAGCUUUACGAAAGCCAUUUGUCAAUUAUUUCAUGUUUGUUCAGAAACACUGCAAGACUACAGGCAAGCACGCAGCAAAUGUUCUCCUACCAUAGCGGGCAUUUGCACUUGCUCUGCAAUCUAGUGCUCUGAGAAGUUACAGUCUUCCAGGAAAUUACUGGUUUUCUUCUUAUUCUCACAGAAAAAAAUAUUUUCAAACUUCCUGAGAAGUUGUUUCACUUUAAACCUAUUGUGAAUCUGCUUUGAAAUGGACGGAGUUUCCUUUGUCUCUACAGGAAAGCAAAGCAAUCUCAUGAAUUUUAUUUCCAGUUCAAUAGAAGAAAACUCGAUGUCAGUCAUAUUUCAUUUUAAUGUGAAAUUAAAUAUCUGGGUCAUCAGAUCUGUAAAUGCAAAUAAUUAUAUGAGAAAUGAGCUCAAAUUCAACUUGAUCUAUGUUGCCAUAAAAAAAACUCCCACAGAACUCAAGCUCCAUGGAUUACUCAUUAAAUGCCAAUUUAAAUCUGUGAGUGGGUGACUCUGGUAAGUUUGUUCUAAAGAAAUUGCAACAAAUUUUGGUUUCUAUUAAAGCUAUAAAGAUAUAUACUGUAUACUAUGCCAAGGUUUAGUUCCUCUUCUGAGUAUAAAUUAUCAGUGAACUAUAGCAGAUCUUAAAGAAAGUACCUGAGACUAUAAAUAGGUUCUUGUACAUUGAAAAUAGCAGUUGAUAUGACUUUUUUCAGCAGUAAUGUUAAAAUCAGUCUGGCUUUACUUAUUACAGCUCUGAAUACGAACUUUGUUGUAACUGGUCUUUCAAGAAUAUCAAAGCUGUACUCAUUUUACAUUUCUUGGAGCAAUUUACUUGACUGAAGGCUAAAAACUUAAACAGCAACAAUUUCACAAGCGUACAGCUAUUUUCUGAGACAUCUGUACCAGCCAGGUCAGUUCCUGUGUUUAUUUGAGAUGAUCUAAUGUAAACACUUCUAGCAGCAGUGAAUUAAUUUUUGUGGCAUAUACAGUUAAUGACAUCUGAUUACUCAUUUAUUAAUUUGUUACCUGAUCUCCCAGAAAUCCAGUGUAUGGAAUAUAAAAUCGAAAAUACAGCCAUGUUACUUAAAACAAGAAAAUUAUGAACUGGUAUGCAGAGGAAAUCCUUCCAGGAAUAAAUCUAUUCUUAUAGGUUUAAAAUUUAGAUGAUGAGGGAGUCAUUGUCGUAGGAGCUUCUGUUGAUGGCUGGUCUUUCCCGCUUGUUUACUGUCUUUUUAUAAAGAAUGGCUUGCUACACAGAUAAGAUGUUAAAAUUCAGCACUCUGGGAUGUCUUUGAAUUGAGGAAUUAUCACAGACACCUGUUUUAAAAGCAGAUGUGUUCUUUGUACUGCCAUUGUCAAAGUGAUGUGGGCUUCUCAAAGCUUCGUUUAUGUCAUCCUUUCUAAUGUUAUUGGACUUCCCAGAAAAUGCUGCCUUGGAAGAGCUCAGAGAAUUAUCCUCCUCAUGCUUCGAAUGCCCACUCAGAGUUCUGCUGUUAUGAUCAGAAUCAUCUCUUAGAUGGUGGUCUAUAUAACUGCUUAAAAUUAAAUCCUUUUCAGAUACUGGCACACUUCCGUUAUAAAGUGUUUUGAAGCUACUUGGAGAACUUUCUGAUUAGUGUUCAGAUGAUACUUGCUUGAUUAAAUAUUGAUUUCCAGAGACAUGUGUUUCUGGUUCCACUUCUUUUGCAAGUUUUCUAAUGUGUGAAUGAGAACCAUUUGGGAAGCGUUCAUGUUUGACUGGCAUAUCCUUUCAAGUCAGAGCAUGGUAUGCAACAUAUUCAUCAAUAGGAUGUGAGUUUUUUGGUGCACUAGCCAACUGUCAAUACAUUCCCUGUGAAACUUAAAAGACAAAGGUCAGUUGUUAGCAUAUUUCUCAGCUAAGUAUGGGCUAAUCAAUUGUUUGACCAUACAGCAGUAAUUCAAUUUUGUCCAGUGUUCUGGGUACAAAUCGAGAGGAACUUCACUGAGCACGAUGGGGGCUGUGCUGCUGAUGCAUAGAGUGAAUACAUUUCAAGUUAUGGACACUGUUAGGCUAUAAAAAUGUUUUCAGGCUGCUGCAAAUGAGGUAUCAAGAUGAGGUUUCAUAAGGCGCUCCAACAGUCUGUAAGAGUAACUUGAGAAUAAGAUCACACAUGUUCAUUAAAAUGAGGAAUUAGUGCUGACUCUGCUAGCUUUUCUUUAAACUUAAUUGCUCUUAUGACUGUGUUACGUAUCAAUGCUAGGUGUAAAGGAUAGUGACUAUGGACACUGAAGAUCCUGAAAGUGAUCAAAGCUUGGAUUUUGUAUUACUAAUGUUGUUCAUCCGUGGAAAAAGUACUGCUGGAUAGGUAAGCUAGAUUGAGUUAGAUCUGAAAAGUGUCUAUUUUCUCUGGCAUGCUUAAGGGUGCUUGCACAAACAAAGAUGAUCUUACCAGAUUGUCCAGGUAAUAUGUAUUUCCAUAUACUUACCAGCUGAAAAGUCUGAGGUGGUGCAAGUUGACAGGUUUUGUGAAGAUUUUGUUCUUUGAUGUUUGAAACACUUUUUUUUUCCCUCUUGUGAUUACAUGGUAGGAAUCUUAGUGUUGACCAAGGUGAAAGCUCUUCAAACAGUCUCUACACGGAAUACCUAGGGCAAGUAAAUUAGUUUGCUACCUAAAAUGCUGGAUACAGAAUUUGCAAUGUUCUAUGGGGUACUACUAAUCCUAAAACAAAACGAACAAAAAAGAGUGCAUUAGGAAAAAUAGAAACUAAAGCUGAAUGCUUGAGAAUGAGAAGUUGGCCUUUGACAGAAAUUUUGUAAUUGGUAGAUGAGCCAGUCUGCUAAACCAGAGCUGUUGUGCAAGUCAUUUCUGUGCUACUGAUCUUACGAACCCUUAAACUUCCAAGAACACUAACUGGUAUGUUUUUUUAGCCUGAACAAUUGUAUAAUGUAAGUUACUGAAUUUUUGCAGUAGUUUGUGUGAGUUUUCUGAACUAUGUUGACUUGCUGCAUUAGAAACAUUGCUAUAUGUUUUUAUUAAAAUGUUUAUCCUUUUGUGUGUAGUAUUUACUAUUUCUUCAGAUGCUGCUUAAGAGAGUGUUGUGAGAAUGUUUUAUGUUUAUUGUAGUAGAUGGUGCAGAAAAAGAUGAGCUCUUACUUCUCUUGAAGAUGGUUUGCUAGGUUAAAGCUUUUGUAUGUUGCUCUUUAAUCUGAUGUUUCUGAAAGCAGUUCAUACCAUUUCCAUUUCUUAUUUCUCUUCUGUUGUGCAAAAUAAUCGAGAUAAAUGGAACUCAAGAUGAAGUGCCCUUGUAAAUGAUUUAAAAAAAAAAAAAAAAGUAGCUGAGAGCAGUUGAUCAAAUUUGUUUCCUAACUAUUUUUGGUGUGGCAAAUACGAUUAGCUUUCUUAAGUGAAAUCUCUUACUUGUACCUUUGCAAAGCCUGGAACAGAAAACAUUUACUUCAAUUAGAACAUCAAGAUAUUCUCACUUUUUUUCUAAGAUAACUCUCAGGAAUGGCAAACCUAAAGAGCUGAUAUUUCUAGAGAUUCUGACACAAAGUGACAGAAAAAUUAACCUCUAAGACGUAUGUUUGUUUAUGAUUGUUAUGGUCAUCUGAAUUGACUGAUAUUUUUCACUGCUCUGAUGCUACAGAGUGAAUCUGUAUAUAUAAAGCUGGUAUAAGGGUAUAAAGCUGGUAUAAGCUUUCUAUAGACCUGUAGGUACGUGUGUUUUCAGCUCCUUUUUUUGUGUUUCAGUUUUAGACCUGGACUCUUAACAGUCGUCUUGUAGGAUUUAUUUGGAUAAAAACUUGUUGACAGACUUCCACCAGCCUGCAUUUGUCUCAGGCAUGCCUCUUAGAGAAGGUAAGCAGUUAGUUGCCAAAGCAAAUUAAAAAGGCAGGUUAAGUUAACUAGGAUGUAUUCACAACUGCCCAUAUAGGGGUGUCAUGAUACAAGACUUAUGUGCAGAGGAUAACUAAGCUUGUAUCUCAAAGUCUUACUUUUUGCUUAUCUCACUAUUUUUUCUGUAGUUACUUAGCAUGUAGCAAAAUGAGUAUAAUUCAGUGUGUAACGCCUGUAUGAUUUGUUUAAGGAGAAGUGAGAUAAUAUUGCAUAGCUCAGGGUAGGAGGUAAAAAAAAGAAAACUUUUUUGAUACCUGUCUAAAAAGAAAAACAUGAAAAAUGGCAAAAUCCAGUGCAACAUUUAUAGCAUUGGUGAUAAUCAGCAUACUCAGUAUGCUUAAGAGGAAAAAAAUCACAUCUACAGAACAAGGAGUUAGGGUAAUAAGCAGGUAAUGUUUUAUGGUAAAGUCAUAGAAGACUUUCAUUUAGAAAAGAAAGAUUCCAAAUACAUAUUACAGAAUUAUAUGGAAGUGGAUUGUCUACUCUGUAGUUCAAAUCACUUGUAAUAAAAAGAGAGGAAUAAACAAAGACAUAGCUGUCUUAAUCUUUAUUUAAAAAUACUUACUUGUAGCACUUUACCACAAUUGGAAAUACUCUGCAGUUGUUGCAAGGGAUUCUAAGGUGCCUCUCUAGUUUUGCUUUCUCUAUUGUGGUGAAAAGCUGGUGAGAGUUUAUAAAUUCUUCUAGAAUGAGCCUCCCUGCUGAGUGGGCACUUCACUACAGAGUCAUUUUUAUCAUGGUGGUCAGUCCAAAUUUUCAUACAGUUUAUGUGGUUGUUGUUACCAUGGCCGUAUCUACAGAGAAAAGAAUGUCAAUUUCUGAAAUAUUUCCAUAAGCAUGUUAGAGAAAUCACAUAGCAAUACUUAGCUGUCUCUGCUUUUGUUUUCCUCCUCUCCUCCCCUCAGACAUUAACUUGUAGGAUUGCCAAAUUUUCAAGAGUGAGAAAAGGACUACAACAACUGUAUUCUUGUGUACUGAAGCUAGCAAUAUUAGCAGGUCUGGUA